GUGUAUUUCUGUUUGGUACAUUGAUUUUAUUUUCAUAUACCUUCCAUCUGUUGUUUUCCGUAAGGCCACUACAUGACACUGCACACGCAACAGUCGAAAAAUCCAAUAGCAACAAAAGCAAGCAAACGGUUCACUUUCAUUAUCCCAUUUUUUGUUUAUUUUCUCAUCUCAGUAUUAAACAAACGUUCAUAUGCAGACCGCCCAAGAAAAGUUGCAGAUUCUCUUUUAUUCCAGCUAUUUUUAAUUGCUUCUUUUUCCAUGCUCUCUCUCGCACUAAAACAAAACAAGGGUUAUUUUCUCUCACCAAGUCAGGAAGAACCCCAUUGCCCCCUUUUGCUUGUUAGUUGUGGAGGUUCAAGGUGGGUUUUGGAUGUCUCAUUUUCCAGAUGUGGGUUCGUUUCACUAUGCGACUUCCUUUCUGGGUAUAUGAAGAAGACGAAGAAGGACGAGCUUGUGCUUGAAAAAUGAGGAAAUGGGUUGUCGUAAUUACUGAAAUUUGAACAUCGUAACGCUCUAUUUGGGUGGUUUUCAAGUCUUUCUUGUUUGCAAUUUUGGUUUUUGGUGUUCACAAAUGGAGAGAAUUUAUGAGUUUCAGUUAAUGUUAGUGGUUUGCUGGGGAAUUUUCGUGGGUUUUACUUGGUGUCAGGACAAUGCAGAUGCAGUUACUGCUGUAUAUAUUGUUACCCUGAGACAACCCCCUGCUUCUCAUUACUAUGGUGAUGAACUGAGAGUGAAUACAGAAGAUUUUGAUCAUGGUGCUUCUGGUGGGACAACCAGACUGGACACGCCAAGGAGUAUUUCAAGGAGAGAUGGGCAUAAUAGCUCAUAUAUUGCCCGAGUUCAUGAUUCAUUAUUGAGGAAAGUCUUGAGAGGGGAGAGUUAUCUCAAGCUCUAUAGUUACCACUACUUGAUCAAUGGAUUUGCGGUGCUCGUUUCUUCCCAGCAGGCUGAGAAACUUUCAAGGAGGAGAGAAGUUGCUAAUGUGGUGUUGGAUUACUCAGUUAGAACUGCAACCACCCACACGCCACAGUUCUUGGGUCUACCUCAAGGGGCGUGGGCUCGAGAAGGCGGAUAUGAAUCUGCAGGAGAUGGAAUCGUAAUAGGGUUUAUUGAUACUGGAAUCAAUCCAACGCACCCAAGCUUCUCUGAUGACUUAACCAAAAGUCUGUAUCCAGUUCCGGAACAUUUUUCAGGCAUUUGUGAAGUCACUAAGGAUUUCCCAUCCGGCUCCUGCAACCGAAAGCUUAUUGGGGCCCGCCAUUUCGCAGCUUCUGCUAUAACCAGAGGAAUAUUUAAUGCGAGUCAGGACUAUGCUUCGCCAUUUGAUGGAGAUGGCCAUGGGACGCACACAGCUUCAAUUGCCGGAGGGAACCAUGGGAUUCCAGUGGUAGUGGCUGGGCAUCGCUUUGGGAAUGCCAGUGGAAUGGCGCCUCGUUCACACAUUGCUGUGUACAAAGCAUUAUACAAGAGCUUUGGAGGCUUUGCUGCAGAUGUCGUUGCUGCCAUAGAUCAGGCAGCUCAGGAUGGAGUGGACAUAAUAAGUUUAUCAAUCACCCCCAAUAGGCGUCCUCCUGGAAUUGCAACUUUCUUUAACCCCAUAGACAUGGCCUUACUAUCAGCUGUAAAAGCUAGUAUUUUUGUUGUACAAGCAGCAGGCAAUACUGGGCCGUCCGCGAAGAGUAUGUCUUCCUUCAGUCCGUGGAUCUUCACUGUUGGUGCUGCCUCUCAUGACAGGAUUUAUAGUAACUCUAUUGUCCUUGGCAACAAUCUCACUAUUUCCGGAGUUGGGCUCGCACCGGGCACCCCUAUGGAUACGAAAUACACGCUGGUUUCAGCGAUUCAUGCUUUGAAUGACACGGCAGCUGUAAAUGAUAUGUAUGUGGGCGAAUGCCAAGAUGCCAGUAAUUUGAAUCAGGAUCUUGUCCGAGGCAACCUUUUAAUUUGUAGCUAUUCGAUCCGUUUUGUACUUGGGCUUUCUACCAUCGAACGGGCCUUACUAACAGCCACAAACCUUAGUGCAGCUGGUGUUGUGUUCUACAUGGAUCCUUUUGUCAUUGGAUUUCAGCUAAACCCAGUUCCAAUGACAUUGCCUGGCAUCAUAAUUCCAUCUCCAGAUGAUUCCAAGAUCUUUCUUCAAUACUACAAUUCUUCAUUGGAGAGAGACGGAAGUACAAAGAAAGUUGUCAAAUUUGGUGCAGUUGCAUCCAUCUCAGGCGGACUAAAAGCAAACUAUAGCCAUUCCGCUCCAAAGAUCAUGUAUUAUUCUGCAAGGGGACCAGAUCCUGAGGACAGCUUUCUUGAUGAUGCUGACAUAUUAAAACCAAACCUUGUUGCUCCUGGAAACUUUAUAUGGGCUGCUUGGAGUUCCCUUGGCACUGACUCAGUUGAAUUCAUGGGCGAGGACUUUGCAAUGAUGUCUGGGACAAGUAUGGCUGCUCCUCAUGUUGCUGGGCUUGCGGCAUUGAUUAAGCAGAAAUUUCCCAGUUUUAGUCCCUCAGCCAUUGGGUCUGCACUUUCUACAACAGCUUCUCUCUAUGACAAGAAUGGGGGGCCCAUAAUGGCCCAGCGUGCAUAUACCAAUCCAGAUGUCAACCAAUCACCUGCAACGCCGUUUGAUAUGGGAAAUGGAUUUGUGAAUUCAACUGCCUCACUCGAUCCGGGUCUUAUUUUCGAUUUGAGUUACGAUGAUUACAUGUCAUUCCUUUGCGGAAUAAAUGGUUCAGCCCCUGUGGUCUUGAAUUACACGGGUCAGAGCUGUGGGGUUUCUACCAUUAGUGGCAUAGACUUGAACUUGCCUUCAAUCACUAUUGCGAAACUGAACCAGUCUAGAGUUGUCCAAAGAACAGUAACUAACAUUGCGGAAAAUGAAACAUACAGCAUUGGUUGGAGUGCUCCUUAUGGAGUAUCCCUGAAAGUGAGUCCAACCCGCUUUUCAAUUGCUAAGGGAGAUAGAAUGGUAUUGACUGUGUCCGUGAAUGCAACAAUGAACAGCACCGUCGCGAGCUACGGGAGGAUUGGGCUGUUUGGUCAUCUAGGUCACGUUGUCAACUUUCCUUUAUCAGUUAUUGUCAAAAUCUCAUACAACACCACGAAUAGCCAAGGAGCUGCUGAUUAACUAGUCCCCCCUUUUGUUUGUUGUAAUCUAUCUGUCUUCUUGUAAUUUUGUUUUUUUUUUUUUGUUUUUUUGUUUUUUUGUUUUUGCCUUUAAGCCUUCUCUUAGUAUUUUUUUUGUUCUUCAUUUUGUAAUUCUGUAGGGAAUAUGUCUGAUUUUUGUUUUGAUUCUUUGCCAUGUACAUGAUGGAGGAUCUUUUUGAGAUGUAGAUAUAGAUAGUGCUUGAUUGAUGAUAGAAUGAAUGAUGUAAUCAAACAUGAAAUGCAUGUAUUGAAGCUCUUCACAUUUUCCCUUCUGUUA